AUGGCUCUUGCAACUGCAUCUACCCAGUUCCUCCACCUUGCGAACGUCUUCCGGCUCCUCAGCCUUCGAAGCGAUGCCGAUGAUAUAAUUUUGGAGCUUCUGGGCAGGUUCUCGCUGGAUAGAAUAUACGCUGAUAGCAACCGUGAGAAGUUCCAACAACUUGUCAGCACUCUGCUAUCGCAGCUCAACGCUGUUCUCUAUAUCCAGCGCCUAUCACUCCCUUCGGACAAGGAGCAGGUUGAAGAAUAUGUGGGCUUUCUGGCGAAUUGGGAGACCAUAUCGCGGUCCAUAGAAUUCGUAUUGCAAGUCGUUCUCGAGGGACAUGAGAAUCUGUUCAAUGUUCACCAGCACCUGGAUGUGCAGCUGGCCGACCUCGUCUCUACAGCGUUACGUGUACUAUCAUUUCAUCCUAAGAGCCUUCCAGAUAUAAAAGACCAGAAGCACCGGUUUGCUCGAAUCCAUCGGCUCCUCGAUAAACUACAUGACCGUUACCCAGGCCCGAGACCAUGUCUCCUACUCAUCUGUCGAGAUAUGGCUAAUGCGUUACGUAUGGAUCCUACAUCGCUGCCACUGCCCACCAAGCUCAUGAAGGAAAUACCAAACUUGGCCCUGGAUUUGUACCCAUUACAUGACUGCUUGUCGGAUCGAUAUGUCUCUACAAUUGCUGAGCAGGAAGGCCGUUUUAACAACUGGCUGACACAGUUUUUGGCCCUGAGAGAUAUCACCCAGUUCGUUGUUGGCGCAUCUAUUCAGUAUGCGGUUUCAGAGGAAACCGAAGACUUUGACCUCCCAGCGUCAUGUGCCAAAACUAGAGACGCGAUCCUAUCCAGUCUGGAUAAAAUAUACAUGCCCAACAAUUACCCGAAACUAGAAUUGCUAUCCAUGUUUAGCGAAGCGUUCCGAACUAUUUUGCCAGAUACACCCCCAAUCAAUGGAUUCCGAAAUCUAUCAGGGCUUCUUGGUGACGUCAAUGAUGUAGAGGCCAUCAAGUCAUUCUGUUCAUCACUUUCAAACAGACAAAUUAUUCAUCGGUCAAGCGAUGGACCUUUGAUGCAUGCGAUUGCAGAGGUGAACAGGCGCAUAACUCUUCUCGAUGACCCAAAUGAAACUUCCGAAGACAUGGUACUUCGAGUGCCCCGAGUAUAUGCGCUAAAUUGCAAAUCCUGCCACCUCGCUGGAAAUACUCAAUUACGAGUUCUAGAGCAACUUGAAUUCCCGAAACCGACCGAAGGAUCUGAGAUUGGCCUGCCAUCAAACACGAAAUGUGUUCAGUGCAAGCAAGUAGUAACUCUUGCACGGGAAAUACCACUUAUCAGAGAAACAUGGGAGCUCCUAAAUGACGUUGAAUACAAUGCCGAUCCUCCCAGCGAGCUACGGCACUUCUCACCUCCAUAUCAACUAUUUCCGCCCAAAAUACUCUCCGAUCCAUCAUCAUCUCUUAGGCCUCCACAGAGUCCCAACCCGAACCCUAGUCCGACCACUAUAGGAAGAUCCCCCACCACCGCGACUAGCAUAUCUCCAGUGUCACCCGAUACAAGGCACGCUUUUGAAGAUAUUCAUAAUAAAGAGCACUCAUUGGGGUCAAUAACCGAAGUGGUUAGCCCUGACGCUGAUAUUUCUAGGCAACAUCUUACCAAUACAUCCGACAAUUCCACCCAUAACGGUUCUGAAACUUAUCGCAAGCUGCCGGUUAAGGUAGCAGAUAUUCAUCGUACAGCUAGUCAGCAUAGUGUCUCACCUCCCCGUCUUGGUACUUCGAGUAAGUCACUGCCUGGGAGGAAAAUCUCGAGGUUGUUUAAACCUAAGAGAGAACAUCGGUCUACACCUUCAGGAGAUGCAAGCUCCCAUUCGUCUGGAUCAAUGGAAAACCAGCGACCAGAGGAGAUCUGCCUGAAGAAUCUGACUAGUGCGGCAAAAUCCCAAGGAAAAGGAAAGGUUUCAAAACUUAUGAAUGUCAGUCUUUCCCAGAAUAGCACCAAUGCCCUGUUCUGGAUGCCCUCGACCAUUCAAGUAUGGGACGUUGGCGUGACGCCUGCAGCCGUGACUAGGAUCAUUCCCACCGAAGGUUCAUGUCUUCUUGCUGCUGUUACGAAAAGAUAUCUGGCGUAUAUCGUUGGGAGCAAGGACCAAAAACUCACGCUUCGAAUCAUCAAUCUUUCUUUUCCGACCGCUGCACCCCUGGAAUAUCAAAUGCCUUCAUCCCAAUGGUGUAAGAGUAUUGCGAUUUGCCCAAGAGAGUCACACGUUGCCGUCGGCUUUGAGAAUGCCACUGUUCGAUUCUUUAAAACCACUAUGUUUGAACCGCAACGGGAGUUCCGUCUUCAUAAUCGAUACCAUACCCCUAGCGAAUGUGAGAAGUGUCCACCUGUCGACACUCUCUCGUUUUCACCAGAUGGGGAGACGCUCAUAGCAAGCACAAGAAAUGCGAAAGGCGUAAUACAAACAUUCCUCCGUCGAGCGUCGACGUUCACUUUCCAAGAGCUCUCCAACUGCCACUACCCUAUUCCAUUGCAUGAGUCGGAAGAUGGUGGAAUUUCGUCAGUCCUGUAUCGGCCUGGCGUAGGCGGAGAAGAUGACUUGGUGUGUAUCACAACAUGGACACAAUCAGGCACACCAUUAUUGUUGUCUCCCAAGACUGGGCACCGGGUCGAGAUCAAAGCCGAUGGUUCAGGGCAUGGACGUCGUCUCGGCACACGAGUACAAUGCGGUGCUUUCUCCUUAACUGGAAAACAGCUCGGCAUGGUAAACGACAAAGGCCACCUCUACCUUGUGACUAACCUUAACUCGAGUGUGAUGGAAGCACGAAGGCUUGCUACUACCAAGGAGCUUACCGCAAGAUGCAGCUUUUUCGCGAUGUCGUUCAUGGUACUCCAGGGUGACGAAUCAAUAGUCCUCGCUUGGGCAGAUGUUAACAAAAGUGUGGGCUAUAUUCGCAGGAUACCAGUUCCAUUUACUCAUGGGGAAUCUACGGUGACGGACACUGCAUUGGCUCACCACCAAGAUGUUACGGAACUUCCCGGGGAUAUUAGUGGCGGGACUUAUUCCUCAUUUACUGACAGGUCUGGUGAGACCUACCAGAAUGCUACGCAACUGCCACCUCGACCUGCUGCCCAGUAUAGGACAGUAUCGUCGCGCCCAGUGGAGCUCCCUGCUACUGAUGGGCUGAGAUCCCUAUCUUUAAAAACGCAGUAG